AUGUCCAUUAAAGAAAUUGAGAACUAUUCCUACAUCCGGUGCCUCGGAAAUGGGACUUAUGGGGACGUGAAGCUCUAUCGAGAUAUCCGGACGAAGCAGAAAGUUGUGAUAAAGACCAUAAAGCUCCUGACGAACAAUUUAUCUAUCCAUGACGUUGCCAAGGAGAUCAUGAUCAUGUCCAAAUUGGACCAUCCCCGAGUGAUAAGAUUCCUUUCGUGCUUCGAGGACAGCGUUGGCCAGAAGUUGAAUAUCGUGAUGGAGUACGCCAGCGGAGGGACUCUGCAUGGUCUGAUCGAGCAGCAAAAGGCAGAGGGAGUGUUCUUCGAGCAGGAAGUUAUCUUGAGACUAUUCUGUGAAUUGCUGAUGGGGAUCGAUUAUCUGCAUAUGCGGCAUGUCAUCCACUGCGAUCUUAAGCCUGAAAAUGUCCUUCUGGACAGCAGUAUGAGAGUGAAAAUUGGCGACUUUGGCAUUUCCUUCGUGACCAGUGAUCCUUCUAAAGCCGUCGAAGCUUCGUACUUCGGAACGCCAAUCUAUAUGGCUCCGGAAGUUUACACCAUGCGUUCAUACAGCUCCCUAAGCGAUGUCUGGGCACUGGGAGUGAUCCUGUAUGAGAUGUGCACCCUCAAGCCGCCCUUUGGGGGCACCACAAUUGAACAACUGACCAAGGACAUUCACAGAGGGAAAUUCGAGCCAAUCCCGUGCAAAACUCUUGGCUACGAUAUGAAUUUUCAGGUGAUUGUGAAGUUGAUGAUCCAGCCAAAGCUUAAAGAUCGCUGUUCAUUGAGUGGAAUCAUUGCCCAUCCUUUCAUUACGAAAUCCUUCUACGAAACAUUUUUUUCUUGAUUUCUUAAUUAAUUUAUUGUUUAAGGAAAAAUUUUAUUCUCAGUGUACAAGAAUCCCAGGCUCAAUUCUCCUCCAUUGGCUCCUCUUCUUGUGUCGUUCCUGACCAGGGAAGAUUUUUUUUUUAAAGAAUAAAUAUGACAUUCACGGUA